GUCUCAUUCACAUUCAUAAGCCAGAUUAACAAAUACCUAAAACCCUUUCGUCCUCCAUUCCUUUUCGCAUCGCUAGGGCUUCCCAUUUAGAUUUUGCAGAGGAAUAGGAUCAGUUCGAAUCGACUCUGACAAACGAAAUUUGAAGAAUUUAUAAAAACUAAAUGGGGAGAGAAAGAGAUGUUGCUCCAGUUCCAAAGCAAGCACCACAGCAACAAGUCGCACAAAUGGUGGAGCAGCUUCUCGCUGUCAAUCCCUACAAUCCUGAAAUCCUUUCUGAGCUUGAAAACUAUGUCAACGAGCAGGUUUCAUCGCAGACCUACAGUCUUGAUGCAAAUCUUUGCCUCCUUCGCCUCUAUCAGUUUGAGCCAGAGAGAAUGAGUAGUCAGAUUGUUGCCCGCAUAUUGGUUAAGGCCCUUAUGGCAAUGCCCGCUCCGGAUUUCGGCCUUUGUCUUUUCUUGAUUCCAGAAAGAGUGCAAAUGGAGGAGCAAUUCAAGACACUAAUUGUUCUAUCGCACUAUUUGGAGACGGGUAGAUUCCGUCAGUUCUGGGAUGAAGCAGCUAAAAGUCGUCAUAUUGUUGAAGUUGUGCCAGGUUUUGAGCAAGCAAUUCAAGACUACGCAAUUCAUGUCCUUUCCUUGACUUAUCAGAAGGUCCCUAGAUCUGUGCUUGCUGAGGCCAUCAACAUCGAAGGUCUGAGCCUUGACAAAUUUCUUGAGCAGCAUGUAGCCAAUAGUGGUUGGAUACUAGAGAAGGGUCAUGCUCGGGGCCAGCUCAUUGUCCUUCCCCGCAAUGAAUUCAACCAUCCAGAACUUAAGAAAAACAGUGCUGAUGCCAUUCCUUUGGACCAUGUUACCCGCAUCUUACCCAUCCUUGGUUGAUCUUUUUUCAUCUGGGUGGUCUAGCUUUUCUUUUAUCUUUCAUUUUCUUGAGAUUUCAGCAAUCUUUUUGGAUUCUAUAGAUCAAUUAUGGUGCUAUCUUAACAACUCAUUUUUCCUAAUGCAUCAUUUUUUCGGUUCCUGUU